UUUUUUUUCUUCUGCUUCUGUUUUGCAGUGGGUUGCACUCAUCCGCUGUUACGACUGUUGAGUUCUGUUUGCUAGUGACUAAGGAACUGAUUGAGUCUGGUAGCGAUGGCAGAUCUUGUGGCUGUCUGGGAGGUAGCACUCAGUGAUGGGAUACACAAAGUGGAAUUUGAACAUGGAACAACAUCAGGAAUGAGAGUCAUUCGUGUGGACAAUAAGGAAAUUCUGCGGCGGAAUUGGAUGUUCAAGCUUGUUGGGCGGGAGCACUUCAAAAUCGGUCCGUGCAAGGCGUGCAUCAACAUUGACACCUCGGGAGGAUUCGCCUACGAGUACACGCUGGAGGUGAACGGCAAGUCCCUCAAGGAGUUGAGAGAACAGCGUAGCAAGAUGGCCAGAGUCUGGUUGACCGUCAUCGAUGGACAUCAGUUCAGGAUUGUCUUGGAAAAAGACAGCAUGGAUGUUUGGUGCAAUGGCCAAGUCUUGGAGACAGCGGGCGAGUUCGUGGAGGACGGCACCGAGACACAUUUUACCCUGCCCAACGGCCUGGCCUGCUACAUCAAAGCCGUCAGCAGUGGUAAAAAGAAAGAAGGAAUCAUCCACUCCCUGAUCAUCAACGAUAACGAGAUACCAGAAGCUGUAGAGUAAGCCUUUCAAUCAAUUUGAUGCUUCUUUUGAUGCCGAAGAAAAUUGUACAAGAUUGGAUGGAGUGGAAGGAGAGUCAGGAAUAGACACCAGGAAAUGCUGAGAAUAGGGACUUGGAUUGAAGGAAGGCGAGACUCACGAAAAACAAGAUGGUACCAAGCCCUGGGAUGUGUUUUGAACUUAAUACCAAUUUCAUCAUUGGUAUUGGCAAAGUCUUUUGUCAGCAACUACUUACAAAUGUGUUUCCAGUGCAAGAUUCUAUGAUUGCUGCAAAGCUCUCUAAAGGAAGAUUUACUGUGACUUAGGUUUCAAUAGAAAUCUUGUAGAAUAUACAUGUGUGUAAAAGAAAUUGGAGGUAUUUUUAGUUAUUCCGUAAGAUUUAAAAUGUAUUCAGUACCAUGUUAGAAAAAUUAAAAAUAUAUACUUUAAUAACAAUAAUAUGCAAAAUCCACACCUUGGUAGAAGUAUAAUAUUUUUAUAUCAAAUUCAAUGUGAUGCAAAGAUUGAAGUGGGUCGUUAUGUACAUGAACAUGGCGGAAAAAGUGAAACUAUUAAUUAAAUGGACUGGAAUAGACAGGUUGAUUUCACUGUAUUGAUGGUUGUACCUGAAAGCAGUUUUUAGAUAGUGAGAUUUUCUGACCUGUAAUUUCUAAAACAAAUAGCUUGACCUAGCAUGUCACACACAUUUGUAAUGAAGCCAGUUGGCAUGACCGGUAUGGUAGUGGUUGUACACUGUUCAGACUCACACAGGAUGUCUCUGAAGGCUAGACCUUGUUUGAUCCGAGCCCAGCCUACUACUUGUUCAGGCCAGGAUCCCUCUCUAAAGGUCAACAAAAGGUGAAGAAUGCAAGAAAAUGGCUGAAAUGAUUUGGUUCCACAUGAGGCUCUCGUUUGGGCUGUGUGCACACUACACGAUAUCACGGGCCAACUAGCAAUUUGAUUCUGUCCUUGUGGUCAGAAAGGUACAUUUUAUUGGCAAAGGUCUGUGGAAUUCAACUUCAAUGCUCUAAAAAAUUAGCAGUUUCAAAUGUUUGGGGUUUUUUUUGGAACCACUCAGAACUUGGCAAAAUUUGUUAUGAUAGUGUAUGGUUCAACAGAAAAAACAAUUUCAUUUUUAACACUUCAACAUUUCCUUCUAUAAAAUUGACUGUUAAAAUCAGGCAAGAAUUUUUUGUAUGGUAAAAACCACUUUUGUAUUUCCUUUGUUUUGCCGCACAGUAGCCCGAGAACAAAAAUCAUGAAUAGCAGAAUUUCAUCUCAGAACACAUGGGAACACAGUGUCUUAUGUCGGGUGACGUUUCAUUGUUGACUUGGGGUUUGAUUUUGCAAAGUUGACAUCACUUCAGUAUAAAUUUGUACAAUUUUUUCCCCUAAUGACAGGCAUGCAACUUGUAGACUAGGACAAAACACAAGGAAAUUCCAAUC